CCCCCCCCCCCCCGGUGUGGGUUGCUCUUUCGGGCCUCCCAAUUUCGGAGCUCUGCCCUGAGCUGUUUAGUGAGGUUUUCCACUUAACCUGCCCUUCUGCCAGCCUGGCUUCAUGGCGACCAAGGAGCUAAUGCAACUUCACCAGCUGAAAUGCAGCCCGAAAUGCCAAUCCUGGCCUGAAAAUCUGCAGCAGAAUACCCGGGCAUAAGGGGCAAGGGGCUCCUAGCCCCCCCCCCCAGCCCCCCAAGCUUCGUAAAGGCAGCAUUUUGUCCGCAUGGGUCGGGCAUUUGCAGGGCUGAGCAACUGGAAUUCCCCUGGGUUGUUAGGAGACACGCCCGCCAGACGGGUUCGCCUUUCAGGAGGUGUUUUUCCUGGCCGGCUGCCCUCUGAGGCAGAAACGCCCCCAGGUGAUGUGGGGGCCGCCCCCCUCCCCCCCCCCGAGGAGCCUCCCGUGUGGUCGCAGGUGAAGCCAGAGGGGGAGCCGCGAGGUUGCCGGGCGCACAGUGGGGAGCCCGCUUCUCCCCUUCCUGCCCUGGGUGCUGUUGAGCUGCCCUCCCAGCUUUGGGUCGGGGGAACCCCUGGGAACCCCGGGAUGCACCCCAAGCCUCAGCAGCGUUUGCCCCUGCCGCAGGAAGCUUCAUCCCGGGACUAAAAGCCCAGGCAGCCUCCGCGGUGCCCGCUUCUUCUCCUGGGGGGGGAGUGCCCCCCUCCCUCCCCCCUGGAGAAGCGUCACAGAGCUCCCAUCAGCCUGGGUCCGCUUCAGCCACUUGUGCUGGGGGGGGGGGAAACGCACCCCCAUCUCCCUGGGGGGUGUCUCUGCCAGCCCCUCCCCCCUCCCCCGAUCCCACUGCUGCAGUUCUGGCGUCUCUUGGGGUGAAUUAAAGGGAGGGGGCAAAACAUCCCCCCACUCUGCUGUUGGAGGGUCCAGAAACUGCAAAUAGGCCCAUGUGGUUAAAUGUGUAAUUUCACAAGCAAGACGCUCCCCCCCCCCCCCCCCCCGAACAAAGUCUCUAUUUGACUCCAUCAACCGUUUGGGUGAAUUUCCCAUCUUGGGUUUUUUUUCAGAAAUAGAAAUAAAACCUUCCCACCUGCCCUGUGAAGUUUUGCUAUUAACUGCAACUGAGCAAUCCGUCCAUUAUGGCUAAGAUUUGUUUUUAGAAAUGGUUAAAACGGGGGGGGGCGUGAAAUAGGGGGGGGGACGGCAUCCUCGGAAGACGCUGUCAGGCCUUCCACGAAAUGAGGAAAUAUUAGUGAUGAUUCCCCAAAUCAAAGCCUCCGUUAGUUUUCCUUUUUUCACUUCAUCUUUUUGAAAGAUGCGUCCGCCGUAUAAAUAAUUAUAAAAACAAGGAAGUGCCACAGAAAUUGUUCGGAGAAACCCAAGUCCUCCUGCUGCCCAAAUGGACCUUUUCAAGCAGAUCCUGCCCGAAGUGCGGGAGGUUUUAUUAACUGCUUCGGCCCCGCAGGUCCAAGCCUUCCUGGACUCCAUGCUGAGCGAAGGGAUUCUCUCCCGGGAAUAUUAUCAGACUUUACUGGAUGAAAAAGACGCCGAUGACCUGGCAAGGAAGCUGGCUCUGACCCUGCUUGGGAAACGGGCCGGGCCUUCGGAUCCCCCCACCCGCCUCCCCCCCUUACAGCUUUCCGGCAAUGCUAGAGGACCUGCUAAGAACGGAGCGGUCUCACUGAGGACUAGAAACUGGACCGACGCUCCUGCCCCAGAUGAGGUGAGCCCUGGAGGGAUCCCACCGGAGACCCCCUGCCUGCAGAGCGAGGCCCACCCGGCGUCGAUGGACGAGAUGGAGGAGGCGCCUGCAGUCCAAGCGUCCGAGGCGGCCAGUGACGACCAGGACAACCCGGAGGUCUUCUACACCGUGGAGAGGGACGAAAGCGGAGAAGUCCUCUCCCUCUGCGCCGACAUGGGGGAGGCCUACGACAAAAUCGCUGCCCUGGCUGAAUAUCUGCUGAAAGACCAGCAAGAUGCUCCAGCAGACGAACAUUUUGAAAGGCUCUUUUGGGAUGGGGGGGCUGCCGAAGGGCCCGGGGGCUGCGCAGAGGCCAGGAGCCGAGGCCCUUCCUCGGACGGCCCCGAAGCCAAGCGCCUGAGGCUGGCCCACCCGCCGGCUCUGUGCAUUGUGAACAGGGACCCCCUCGCCCUCCCGCUGAACCCCGGCCAGGAUGGCACCGACUCUCCACCAGACUUCCACGUGCAAAUUUUGGUGGCCACCGUGGGGCCUGCGGGCAGAUCCCCAGAAGCGCUUGGGCCCUCUGCAAGCGGGGAGCUCUGGUGCCUCCCUCGCCACAGGGGCAACGUCCAGAUGAUCUUCACCUUCGAAAGUGCCCCUCAGCCCUGCCGGCCUCCGGAUGCAGCAACCUGCCCAGGCUCGCCCGGGGCUUUCUGCAAAGGGCUGAAGGAGCAUUUCUGCAGAGAAUGCCGUUCGGGGCCUGGGCAGCCCCUGGGACACCUGUACCUGGAGAGGGACUUGGUGCAGCACCACCUGGACAGCAGGGGUGGGAGGAGCGCAGACCUGAGGCGGUGCCACCUGGGAGAAAAGCGCAAGGCCUCCGUGGAGAGAAGCCGCUUGUUCCAGACGGCCAGGAGAAAGGAGCCGGGCAGCAGGGUCAUCGUGGUCCUGGGGAAGGCCGGCACGGGGAAAAGCCUGCUGGUCCAGAAGGUCUGCCUGGACUGGGCCGAGGGCCUCCUGCCCCAGUUCGACUUUGUCUUCCGGUUCGACUGCCGGAGGCUGAGCCUCCUGCAGGGCACCUGCCCUGACUUCAGGUCCCUGCUCUCGGACUCCCUGGGGGGCUCCUGCCAGGGCCUGGAUGACGCCUACGCCAGCCUCCUGCGGAAGCCGGAAAGGGUCCUCCUCCUGUUUGACUGCGUGGGAGACCUGAAGGACCCCGAGGGCUCCCCCUCCGCUUCCGGGAGCCCGCCCUGCAGGGAAGCCCCCGGCCUUGGCGCCACCUUGGGCCCCCUCUUCCAACGGGAGCUGCUCAACGGCUGCACCCUCCUCCUGACCGGGCGGCCCAAGGAGAGGCUCCCCCAGUACUUCCCUCGGGUGGACACCGUCCUGGAGGUGGUGGGCCUCUCCGCGGAGGAGGCCUCGCUCUGCCUGGCCCGCUCUUUGGAGGGCUCUGCCCACGCGGAGCAGCAGGCGAAGCUGAUCAGGGCCUCCCCUUACCUCUUCAGCCACUGUGGCAACCCCGGCCUCUGCCGGUUCAUCUGCCAGGCUGCGCUUGAGGCCACAGCGGGAGAGCUGCCCUCCACCCUCACCGGCCUCUUCGUCACCCACCUCCUCCAGAAGGCGGCAAGCGCGGCAGCAGACGGCAGGGCCUGGAGGUGCCAGGGCAUCGCUGCCUUGGCCGAGGUCUCCUGGUGUCUCGGGCAGAGGUGCCAAAGGGCCCUGUUGAGCGGGAACUUCCCUUCCGCAGCCGUGAAGGAGUUUGCGCUGAAAACGGGGCUCAUGGAGGAGCAGCGGGGCGUCUGCGCCUUCUCCAGCUUCGCGGUCCAGGAUUUCCUGCUGGCCCUGCACCUGACUCUCUCCAAAGAGAUGAAGGGCAAGAAGCUCACCCAAUACCUGGGCUGGGGGGCCAGGGUCAGGAAAUUCCUCUCCUCGGGGGGCCUGGUGCCCCGUUUCCUGUCUGGGCUGCUGUUCUCCAAGGACGAGCUCAGCAGCCGCCUCCUCUUUGGCAAGGAAGGCGACUUGGAUGCAGAGAAGAUGGUCGCCAGGAAGCAGAGGAGCCUCUCCAGGUUCAUCCGGAAACUUCCCAUUCGGGAUUUCAGUCCAGACAAAUUGCUGGAGCUGCUCCACUGCGUCCAUGAGACCGAAGACCCCUACCUCUUGAAGCACGUGAGCCUGGAGCUGGGGCCGGACCUCUCUUUCUUGGGAUUCCCGCUGCCCCCGCCAGAUGUCAGCGUCCUGCACUCCAUCUUGAGAACAUCCUCCAAGACCUUCUCGGUAGACCUGAGGGGCAGCUGUCUUCCCUUGGACGGGCUCAGGAAGCUGGUCGGCCUGAAGAGCAUCGCCAAGUUCAGGGUCUCCCUGGGGGAAGCCGUGGCCCUCUGGAAGCACCUGUGGGACGUCCGGGAGAGGGAAGAGCUGCAGGCGGCCAUGGAGAAGUUCCUGGUGGGGCCCUUCAGGGCCAAGACGAUGGGGGACGUGGAUGCCCUUCUCGGCCUGGUGCAGCUGCAGAGAGACAUGGCGGAAGGCAGGGAAGACGCCGCGGGCUCCAGCGGCCGCCUUAUUCCAGCCAUCGCUGGGCUCCUGCGACUGGAAUUCAGCCUCGGGCCCAGCUCUGGCUUGGAGGGCUUCCGAAAGUUGGCGGAUUCUUUGGUCGCCUUCUCGGCUCUUCAGCACUUGGACUUGGAUUCCCCUGAUGAGAACGAAAUCGGAGACGAAGGGGUGGGCUCCCUCGCCCGCGUCCUUCCUCGCUUGGCGUCUCUGGAGACCUUGAACUUGUCCCGGAACAAGAUCACCGACCAGGGCGCUGAGCUAUUGGCCGGAGCCCUCCCCUCCCUGGGUUCUCUGAAGACCCUCAGCUUGUACGAAAACAACAUUGGGGACGCAGGAGCGGAGCGCGUGGCAGAGGUGCUGCCCCAGAUGUGUGCGUUGCGGGUGCUGGACCUGCACUGCAACCAGAUUUCUGCCGCCGGAGCCCGGUGUCUGACGGAGCACUUGAGGAGAUGCCCCGGCAUCCGGAGCUUGGCGUUGUGGAACCCAAUGAUCCCUCACGGGGUUCUGGAUCACCUGCAACAGCUGGAUUCUCGGAUCAGGAGAUUUUAGGGACCACUUCGGAUUCUGCUGUGGGAGGAAAUUCUGCUGCUAAAUUAAAUCUGGAUGAUCCAUAAAGGCUGCUUCUUUUUCUCCAUCAACAUGAUCCCUGGAUCCCCUUUCUGAAGGAAUCCCCUCCAGGGCAGCUGGACUUUAUGUCCCAAAUUUUGUGAAGGUCAAAGGCGAGGGUGGGUGCGCAUAGGUGGGUGCAUCAAAAGGUAUUUGACUUAGGAGGGAGAUCUAUGGAGAAUAAGCAACUGGUUCUAAGAAGAAAAGAAAAAACAAUGCUGGUGCUUUCUGAAUAAACGCUUCUCCCUUUGAGAGAUGCAUGAAUGAAUGUAUGAUCAGCCUCUUGCAGCUUGCUAAAAGGUUUGGAGGAAUAAUGUGAGGAACAUGCAAGCAGGCGAGGCAGAACUGGAAUCCUUUACCCCCCCCCCAAAGGUCAUUUUAAGCUUCAGCAACUGUUGCGGGUGCGUAUGUGUUGGAGUGUAUCAGGGCCUAGAAGCUUUUUUCUAGGGCUCGGAGCACACAGCCUCUUUUGAGAGUUAACUCUAAUGUACAGUUUUCAUAUCCCUGAGAAACUGUCAAUAAAUCUUUUUCUAGAA